CAGUGUAAGGCAUAUCCCAGUUUCAGAAAUGUGAAAAUAUCUGUGUGUUAGAAUUGAUGAAAUAUAGUGGUUUGACUUAUUCCGUCAUUACCUCCUAGUUUUGGGGUUAUAAGGAGAACAAGCAUGAAGCCCCUUGCCUCUUUUUAGGAACUGUACUUGCUAUUGGAGCAGAAUUCUCUGGGUGGGUGGAACACCUGGGACGUUCUUGUUGUGUGCUGGCAGGUCAAUUCUGACUCACAGCGACCCUAUAGGACAGAGGACAACUAACUGCCUCAUAGGGUUUCCUAACUGUAACCUUUAAGGUAGCAGAUCUCCAGGUAUUUUCUUCCAUGGAGGUGCUAGUGGGUUCAAACCACCAACCUUUCAGUUAGCAUCCGAGUGCUUAACCAUUGCACCAACAUGGCUCCUUUUUGCCUGGGAUAUGGCCCUGUAAUGUGAACAGAUAGGCUUCCCGUUGACUUGAAUAAAUGAUGGAAAUAAUUAUGUAUGUUUCCACACAUUUACCUUUUCUUUUCUUCCUUCCUGUCUCUUUUCUGAUUUUCCUUUGAAGUUCUCUGAGGCCAAAGCUGGCGGCUAAGAAACAUCAAAGGCAGUCUGCACCGAAUGCCCCUCAAGGCUACCUCGGAAGCCUGUCCAGCUGUGUGAGGCAGAAUGGCCCCCGCCAGAGGUGCGCUCGCCUCAUUGCUGCUGCUGCUGGUGACACUUGCAGGUUGUGACUGUAAGCAGUGCAGUGAGGGAAGGAUGUAUUCCAAUGCAAUCAUUUCACCUAACUUGGAGACCACUGGAAUCAUGCGGGUACCUCAAACCACCCGUGUCGUUGACUGCACAGCUGCUUGCUGUGACCUCUCCAGCUGUGACCUGGCCUGGUGGUUUGAGGGCCGUUGCUACUUGGUGAGCUGCCCACACAAAGAGAACUGUAAGCCUAAGAAGAUGGGCCUCAUCAGGUCCUAUCUCACCUUUGUGGUCAGGCCUGCCCAGAGGCCUGCCCAGCUGCUGGACUAUGGGGAGAUGAUGCUGAAUAGAGGUCCUCCCUUGGGACUCUGGGGGGACCCACCUGAGGAGAUCAGAAAGGACUUGCCCUUUCUAGGCAAAGAUCAUGGCCAGGAGGAGAUGACUGACUACUCGGAUGAAUAUAGGGAGCUGGAACAGGACCUUUUGCAGCCCGUCAGCAAGCCGGAGCCCAGGGGAAGUGCCGAGCACACCGACUGGGGCCUGCUGCCUGGCAGACAGGGAGCUCUCAACUCCUCUGGCGGAGAGAGCCCUGCAACAUCAGUGGAGAAGCAGUGGGAGGACCCUGAGCUCCAUAACCUGGUGAAGCUGAAUGAGUUGGCAGGGACCCCUGUCCCAAAACCCUCUCCUGUGAGCAGGUUGUUGCUUCCCUUGGUGGCUACUCCAUCUUCGGGAGAGGCAUUAGAGAAAGAGGAGGCUUUUCAGCUCCAAGAACAAACCACCAACAGCUCUGGAAAGGAGGUUCUAAUGCCUUCCCAUAAUCCCCCUCCACCCAACCUGGAGUUCAGCCCAGCAACCAUGGAGGAGAACCUGGUUCCCACAGUCACCUCAUGGAACACAAAUCCCAGCCUCACAACACCUCCCACUAGCACUGUGCCCUCGCAGCCCACCCCAUCUGAGCAGCCUGAAUCUCCUACCACUUCUCCAUGGACAGAAACAAUCUACAAUUAUGAAUGGAGUUUGAUAAGCCACCCUGUAGACUACCAGGGUGAAAUGGAACAAAUACACAUGCAAACUCUUAACCUCUCUCAAUUGUCAGUAGGACUUUAUGCCUUCAAAGUAGCUGUUUCUAGUGAAAAUGCCUUUGGAGAAGGAUAUGUAAAUGUCACUGUUAGGCCAGCCCAAAGAGUCAACCAGCCCCCUGUAGCGGUUGUUUCUCCCCAAAUACAAGAACUCACUCUGCCUUUGACUUCAGCCUUCAUCGAUGGCAGCCAAAGUACAGAUGAUACUAAAAUAGUGAGUUACCACUGGGAAGAAAUUAACGGGCCCUUCAGAGAAGAGAAGACAUCAGUUGAUUCCCCCGUCUUACACUUGUCUGACCUUGUUCCCGGUAACUAUACUUUCAGGUUAACCACUAUGGACUCGGACGGAGCCACUAACUCCACAACUGCAGUCGUGAUAGUCAACAGUGCUGUGGACUCUCCACCAGUUGCCAAUGCAGGACCCAAUCAGACUAUAACUUUGCCCCAAAACUCCAUCACUCUGAAUGGAAACCAGAGCAGUGAUGAUCACCAGAUUGUCCACUAUGAAUGGUCGCUGGGUCCUAGUAGUGAGAGCAAAGAGGUGGCCAUGCAGGGAAUACAGACACCGUACCUUCAUUUGUCUGCAAUGCAGGAAGGAGAUUAUACAUUUCAGCUGAUGGUUACUGAUUCUUCAAGGCAACAGUCCACUGCUGUGGUCACUGUGAUUGUCCAGCCUGAAAACAACAGGCCCCCGGUAGCUGUGGCUGGCCCUGAUAAGGAGCUGAUCUUCCCAGUGCAAAGCACAACCCUGGACGGAAGCAGGAGCACAGAUGACCACGGCAUUGUGUCCUACCACUGGGAGACCAUCAGAGGCCCCAGUGCAGUGCAGAUGGAAGAUAUGGACAAAGCUAUAGCCUCUGUAACUGGUCUUCGGGUGGGUGCCUACCACUUCCGUUUAACAGUGCAAGACCAGCAGGGGCUGAGCAGCACGUCCACCCUCACCGUGGCUGUGAAGAAGGAAAAUAAUAGUCCUCCCAGAGCCCAGGCUGGUGGCAGACAUGUUCUUGUGCUUCCCAAUAACUCCAUUACUUUGGAUGGUUCAAGGUCUAAUGAUGACCAAGGAAUCGUGUCCUAUCUGUGGACCCGGGAUGGCCAGAGUCCAGCAGCUGGAGAUGUAAUCGAAGGCUCUGACCACAGCACAGCCCUGCAGCUGACCAACCUGGUGGAGGGUAUCUACACUUUCCGUCUGAAAGUCACUGAUGGCCAAGGGAACUCGGACACGGACACUGCCACUGUAGAAGUGCAACCAGACCCUAGGAAGAGUGGCCUGGUAGAGCUGAUCCUCCAGGUUGAGGUUGGGCAGCUGACAGAGCAGCAGAAGGACACGCUUGUGAGGCGGCUGGCAGUGCUGCUGAACGUGCUGGACUCAGACAUUAAGGUUCAGAGGAUCCAGGCCCACUCGGAUCUCAGCACCAUGAUUGUGUUUUACGUACAGAGUGGAAAGCCGCUCAAGGUUCUCAACGCUGCUGAAGUGGCCCAAAAUCUGCACAUGCGGCUUUCAAAUGAGAAGGCCGACUUCUUGCUUUUCAAGGUCUUGAGGAUUGACACAGCAGGUUGUCUUCUGAAGUGUUCUGGCCAUGGUCACUGUGACCCCAUCACAAAGCGCUGUGUUUGCUCUCAGUUGUGGAUGGAGAAUCUGAUACAGCGUUACAUCCGGGAUGGGGAGAGCAACUGUGAGUGGAGUAUAUUCUAUGUGGCAAUGUUGGCUUUCACACUUACAGGGCUAACAGGGGGUCUAACUUGGCUUUGCAUCUGCUGCUGCAAGAGACAAAAAAGGACUAAAAUAAGGAAAAAAACAAAGUACACCAUCUUGGAUAACAUGGAUGAACAGGAAAGAAUGGAGCUGAGGCCCAAAUAUGGUAUUAAGCACCGAAGCACAGAACACAACUCCAGCUUGAUGGUGUCCGAGUCUGAGUUUGACAGUGACCAGGACACAAUCUUCAGCCGAGAAAAGAUGGAAAGAGGGAAUCCAAAGGUCUCCAUGAAUGGCUCUGUCCAAAACGGAGCUUCCUUCAGCUACUGCGCAAAGGACAGAUAAUGGAGUAGUAGACUUAAACCGGAAGGACCUCAACAGGAAUUCUUUACUCCAGGUGCCAUCAAUGGGAGUUAAAACACAAAACUAACUCUCGUUAGAAUAGCACAUUAGCGUCCUUUCACGGGGCUAGAUUUCCAUCCUUGUAUUUUGAAAGACCUGUUUACUUGGGGUUUUCCAGACACAAAAUGAAACAAAUAUUGCUUUUUUAACUGGAAUGCUUGUUAAUAGGAAUGAAGGCUGGAUAAAUCAUAAGGUAUUCAGGUAGUCCCGGACUUACAACAGGGUUCUGUUCCAAUGACUUAUAAGUGGGUUCUGACUUAAGUUGAAUAAUUUUUUUUAGCUUUCAUUAUUAUUAUUGCCUUUUACUAUGAGUAUCUUUAUAAAGGCAAUCUUUCUUUCUUUUUGGGAGUUAGAAACAUUACAUAUAAAUUUACAGCUUCAACAUUGACACUUCCUGCUUCUCCAUUUACACGUAUGUUAUAUAAGCCAAAAAACAAAAAAGGAUGGUCGUAAUUGCAAUUUGUCUUAACUUGAACACGUCAUAAAUCAGGGAGAGUGUUUUUAUAGCUGGCACAAUAUUAUAUUGCCCACAUUCAAAUGAAGGGUAACAUCCGUUGAAUGUUGGAGAAUGUUGGAGAACUUGAGUAAAGAUUAAGAGAGAGCUGAUUUCUCUGUGUCUGUGACUUCCCUUAAGGAUGACUUUGCAAACAUGGUUUUGGUAGAACCUGCAGAGUCAGAUGGCUGUGGAUAUUAGAAUGGCUUAUCUAAAAGGUAUGGUUAGUCUUCUGUGAAGAUGGCCAGAGUGGUUUGUGCAACAAGUUUUCUGUGCUCGUUAGGACAGCCAUACAUAGCAAAGCCCUCCUGUUUUUUCCCGCCAUUUCUCUGCUUUCUCUCUGAAGAUCAAGGGCUAAGUAAGAAUUGUAUUCUAAGGACAGAAGCAAUAGAAAGGGGGUAAAAACCCACUUGGCGUGGAGUACACUUCAACUUAUGGCAACCCCAUGUAUCAGAGAACUGUGCUCCACAGGGUUUUCAGUGGCUGGCUUUUUGGAAGUAGAUCACCAGGGCUUUUUUCCAAGGUAUCUCUGGGUGGACUAGACCUUCCAGCCUUUCGGUUAGCAGUCUAGCAGGUGAACUGUUUGCCCUACCUUGGGACUCCAAUAGAAAGUGAGGUGGGGUUUAAUGAUUUGUAGGCUGAAAGUUGAAUGUAGCAUUUUAUCAUUCUUUAUCUUUUCUUUCUCCAAGAAAAACAAUAAAGUACACUAAAGCUUCUCUUGGCUCAGUUUACAUUGAACACAAGACGUGUUAUUUAUUCAGUCUGUACUACAGGAUAUGCAUUUGAACUGCCAGAGAUAUGAAUAUGGAUUCAGCAACUUUUCUGUGUUCUGUAAGUCUGAAAUACGAUCACUCUUAAUUAGGAUGGUAUGCUAAUGAUAACUUCCGGCCCCUACAGGUACCUUCCAUAAUAACUGGCCAUAUACACCCCAUAUGUUUAACAAUAGAUAUUUAUUUAUUCAUGUUUUUCUUCUCAAAUAAUUGUUUACUAAAUAAAUCCUCUUUUAAACAUAUGAAAAAAAAA